UCCCCUCUGACCUGCUACCCCGGGCAUUGUUUUCUGUUCUCCAGGGUCGUAGGUGGCAAGCAAGGAACGCCUGGGUUUUGGCUGCGUGCCAGUCCUGUGACCUUCGGCCCUGGGGCCACUGGACUGCCGCGCCUCCUGUACAGGAGGAGAGGACUGCUCAUUCCCCUGGCUGCUAGCCUCUACCGGAGGCUCCACUAUGGGCUCGCGUAGCUCCCACGCUGCGCUCAUUCCCGACGUGGACCACAUUCGCAGAGAGACCGGCUUCUCGCAAGCCAGCCUGCUCCGCCUCUACCACCGGUUCCAAGCCCUGGACAGGGAGGAAAAGGGCUUCUUGAGCCGCCUAGACCUCCAACAGAUCGGGGCGCUGGCUGUGAACCCCCUGGGGGACCGCAUUAUAGACAGCUUCUUCCCCAACGGGAGUCAGAGAGUGGAUUUCGCAGGCUUUGCCAGGGUCCUGGCUCAUUUUCGACCUGUAGAUGAGGAUGAUGCAACAAUCCGAGACCCCAAGCAACCUGAACCCCUAAACAGCAGAAUGAACAAACUACGCUUUGCAUUUCAGCUCUAUGAUCUGGAUCGGGAUGGGAAGAUCUCCAGGAAUGAAAUGCUACAGGUUCUCCGGCUGAUGGUUGGAGUUCAGGUGACAGAUGAGCAGUUGGAGAGCAUCACAGACCGCACAGUGCAGGAAGCUGAUGAAGACGGUGAUGGGGCAGUGUCUUUCAUGGAGUUCACCAAGUCCUUAGAGAAGAUGAACAUCGAACAAAAAAUGAGCAUCCGCAUCUUGAAGUGACCCCUAUGCCUUUGGCUCAUGCAAACCCCUAUAGACUUGGGAUUUAUCCUCGGGGCCCCUGGAGGCAGGAUCCCCAUAAGGGGAUCUAUUGAGGACUGGGAAAGGGAGUUGGAGGGGUGUGUGCUGAAGUCUCAUUUGGUUGCAGAUUUGUGAAUCAGCCAGUGAUCAUUUGGUUGCAAGUGACUGAAAAUCUUACCCAAAGUGGCAUGAGUUAAAAAAGUGAAAAAAAUUAUUACAUGGGCUCAUGUGAUUAGACAGCUCAGAAGUAGUUGCCUUUAAAUAAGCAGGAUCCAAGGACAAAAAUGAUGUCAUCAGGAUUGAGUUUCGUCACCUGUGUUUCUCAGCUCAGCUACCUGCUUGCAUUGGCCUCAUUCUUUCCUUUGGUGGAACGGGCCACCAGCACCCCAGAUCACAGCAUCCUAGCUCAGUAAUCAAGGGAGAAGAGACUUCUUCCUUUAAGAACACCAUCCAAGCAUCAUCAUUGAGCCAGCUGAGUCUUUUCUCUUUCUCCAGGGGAAUGGAACAUUCUAAUUGGUCAUGCAUGUGUCAUGUAAUAAUUCUGAAGCCCCAGAAAUAAGGUCUGAAGAGUUAGGAUAAAGUGAGAGGUGAUUGUUUUAGGGAAAAUGAAGUAAUGCUAUCAGAAAGUGUGUGUGUGUGUGUGUGUGUGUGUGUUUAUGUUGUUUUUGCUCAGGCAACAAAAAACGAUGCAUCUGCUUACUACUUGGUUGAGCAAAUGGAGGGAACCUAGAAAUCUGGCCUCUGGGAUGGGGUUUUCUCUGAUUUCCUGGAUGAAUAAUAACAUGGUGUGAGGGAGGAUGAUGUACAAAUAAUAAAUCAUACAUACUUUC